CUUCUUACACCGUCAAAUUGGCGUUGUAUGCGGAUCUCCAUCAGUGCAAUUGGACACUAGAAGUAGCGAAGAUCCGCUCGUCUUUCCGAUUGUAUUGGCCCUCAUCUCGUCUAUCUCACACCUCGACUCAACUGAGAACGGCCAGACUGCGCGAUGUCCGCACAGACAUGGACGCUAGGUGUUCCUGAUCGCGAGAGGCUGAUCCAGGCGGCGUUCGACGCCAAGAAGAACGCCUAUUGCAAGUAUUCCAACUUCCCCGUCGGCGCUGCGCUCCUGACGGCGAGCGGCGAGGUCAUCCGCGGCGCGAACAUCGAGAACGCUUCAUACGGUGGGACAAUCUGCGCGGAGCGCACCGCUAUCGUCAAGGCAGUGAGCGAGGGAAUCCGGUCGUUCGUGGGCCUCGCCGUCGUAACCAACAUCGCCGAGGCGACGUCACCUUGUGGUAUCUGCCGCCAGGUGCUGCGCGAGUUCUGCGCGCUGAACAUGCCCGUGCUGCUCGUGCCCGCGGACUACGACCAGCGCGUCGCGGAGGGCAAGGCGGGCGGCGGCGUGCUGGAGACGAGCAUAGGCGAGCUGCUCCCGCACAGCUUCGGCCCAGAGCACCUCGAGCUGCCCAGGCAGUCCUAGGGUCCGCGCGGACGAAGGACGGAAUGUGUAUGCUGAUGUGUAGUGUACAGUGUACAGUGUGCAUGCUAUCUAAGUUCUCGUCUCUAUUGCUACAUCGUCGCUCCCA